GAUUCUGCUGCUGCUGCUGUUGCUGCUGCUGCUGCUAAAGAGACCACAUCUACUGCUGACCAGCCACCACAGAUUUGUGUUGUAGCACAGAAGGCAGCCCUGGACUCGACCAAUGAGGAGGAGGAGCCUGCCCAGGAUAUCGAGAUGCCUCCUCCCAUGGCUAUACAGGACCACUCCUUCAAGCCAGAGAAGGAGGUGUCCACUGAUGAUGUCUCUGCCAAGCUGGCCUCACAGUUGUCCUUGAAACCUCAAGCAGAAGCAAACAGUACAAUUGAUUUGGCCAACCAGAUAGAAAACGUUGUCAAACAUCAAACUGAGCCUUGCCAGGAUCCCUCACAGGAUACUUCCCAUGAUCCUUCACAGGACUUGACUGACAAUCAGGUAGCCACAACUGCUGACCAAGAAUUCAACCAGACGAAUGAACACAACACCAAAGAGGAGGAGGAGGAGGAAGAUGACAAGGCUGACAGUGAGGAGAAAGAUAUUGAGGCAGAGAAGGCAAAAUACCUCAAGAAGAGACAGUUUGUUAUACAAGAGCUUUAUGACACAGAGAAGGAUUAUGUCAAGGACUUGGCCAGCAUUGUAGACGGGUACAUGGCCUACAUGAGGGACAACCCCCUGCCGGAUGAGAUGGAAGGCAAGGAUAAAAUUGUGUUUGGCAACAUCCACCAGAUCUAUGACUGGCAUAAUGAAACCAUGCUGGCUGAGCUGGAGAAGUGCCUCACUAAUCCUAAUAGAGUUGGUUCUAUAUUUGUCCGAUAUGAGAGACGACUGUACAUGUACGUUAAGUACUGUGAGAACAAGCCCAAGUCAGAAUUUAUCGUCUCCGAGUACUUGGACACAUAUUUUGAGGAAGUGAGACAAAAACUGGGUCACCGACUGAUGCUGCCAGACCUGCUGAUCAAACCAGUUCAAAGGAUCAUGCGAUACCAGCUGUUGCUGAAAGACAUUCUCAAAUAUACAGAAAAGGCAGAAGAAGACACAACAGAGCUGAAGAAAGCAUUACGGGUCAUGUGUGUAGUUCCCAAAGCUGCCAAUGAUAUGAUGCAAGUAGGUCGACUUCAGGGAUUUGAUGGAAAAAUUACUGCUCAAGGGAAGUUAUUGCUGCAAGAUACACUCCUGGUGUCCGAGGUCUCAUCCGGUGGACAGCAGAAGUUUAAGGAGAGGCGUGUGUUUCUGUUUGAACAAAUCAUUAUCUUCAGUGAGAUGAUCGAGAGCAAGAAGGACAACUUCUCCAACCCGACAUACAUCUACAAAAAUAGCCUUAAGGUGAACAAAAUGUCAUUGUGUGACACAGUUGAGGGAGAGCCACUCCGAUUUCAGCUGACAGAUAGGACGCCAGGCUCGGAUGUGCGCAUGAUUAUUCAGGCAAACUCUGAGGAGAAUAAGGAAACAUGGGUCAAACAGAUCCGCUCUAUUUUGGAUAUGCAAGGGGAUUUUUUAAGAGCAUUACAGUCGCCCAUAGCUUACCAGAAGGAACUCACCAAAGAACUUUGA